AGAAUGCCUCGCGUGCGGUAGUCCCCCACCCAUCCUCCGCAAGCCACUUCCUCGGUGGAUAACACCCAUGCCUGUUUCGGAAGAUGGACAGCAGGUUUUUCGGUGGUGACUAAACGGACCCGGCCCAAUGGAUAGUUGCUCGGAGAUGUACCUGGAAUAACUCUGUUGCAGUGGUUUGCUUCCUCGUGUGCGGUAAUCUUUGGAACCAACGGCGGAGUGCGAGACGUUGUUAGGCCUAAUGUCAUGGGCUGUUUUGGAGGCUCGAGCUCAAAAAGCGACGCCGAAGAGGAUAAACGCCGGAAGGAAGCCAAUAAGAAAAUCGAGAAACAGAUUCAAAAGGACAAACAGAUUUAUAGAGCAACACACCGGCUGUUAUUACUAGGUGCCGGUGAAUCGGGAAAGAGUACAAUAGUGAAACAGAUGAGAAUACUCCAUGUGAAUGGUUUUAGUGAGGAAGAGAAGAAACAAAAAAUAGAAGAUAUAAAAAAGAACAUACGAGAUGCAAUCCUGACUAUCACAGGUGCCAUGAGCACGCUCGUACCACCGGUACAGCUGGAAAAAUCUGAGAAUCAGUGGCGGGUGGACUACAUUCAAGAUGUAGCCAGCUCUCCAGACUUCGACUAUCCUGCAGAGUUCUACGAGCACACGGAGAUCCUCUGGAAAGACAAAGGUGUCCAGGCUGCCUUUGAACGCUCAAAUGAGUACCAGCUGAUUGACUGUGCAAAGUAUUUUCUGGACAGAGUGGCUACAAUUAAGCAACCAGAUUAUACUCCAAAUGAACAGGACAUUCUGCGGUGCCGAGUGUUAACCUCAGGAAUAUUUGAGACGAAAUUUCAAGUAGACAAGGUCAACUUUCACAUGUUUGACGUGGGUGGGCAGAGAGACGAAAGGCGCAAGUGGAUCCAAUGUUUUAACGACGUGACAGCCAUCAUCUUCGUAACUGCCUGCAGCAGCUAUAAUAUGGUGCUUCGAGAGGAUCCCAAUCAAAAUAGGUUGAGGGAGUCUCUUGAUCUGUUCAAGAGCAUCUGGAACAACAGGUGGUUACGAACGAUAUCUGUGAUCCUCUUCCUUAACAAGCAGGACUUGCUAGCGGAAAAAAUCAAGGCUGGCAAGUCUAGGUUAGAAGAGUAUUUUCAAGAAUUUGCGCACUACCAAACUCCCUCGGAUGAACCACGGUUAAAUCCAUUUCAACCUGGAACACCACACACUGUUAUUGAGACAGGAGAAGACCCAGAAGUCAUUCGAGCAAAGUACUUCAUCAGAGAUGAAUUUUUGCGCAUCAGCACAGCCAGUGGAGAUGGCAAGCACUACUGCUACCCACACUUCACCUGUGCCGUGGACACGGAGAAUAUCCGUCGCGUUUUCAACGACUGCCGAGACAUCAUCCAAAGGAUGCACCUUCGCCAGUACGAGCUCUUGUGAUGUGCGCUUGGCCCUCCCCUCCCCUUCUGUUUUUCUCCUCUAGUCUUUUCUUUCUCUCCUCGUACAGAACAGUCAAAGCCCGGCCCUCCAUUUUACUGUGUUGCGUGUAUGCAAGUGACUGUGUGAGUGAGUGAAAGUGCUUAAAGAAAGUUCUGGUGCAGCCGUUACCUUCUUUGUUUUUGUGCGCUGUUGUGUUUUGUUACGGCCUCACAACCUCAGCCGGACGCUGCUGCGCUCCUCAACACCCUGCCCCCCACACUUCCCUCUUUCUAGUUUGGCACUUGAGCGUGUCUGGCGUGCACUGCCACACACACACACACACACACUGCGUUAGUCUUGGCGCCAGCUAGAAAAGCGUUUACUCUCUCUCCCCCCGGGUUCUGUGGAGUGUCUUAAUCACUGCCUUUGUUUGGCAUAUCGCCAGCCCUGCUGGGAGCGAGGGGGGGGGGGACACACACUGUGCAUGAAGACUCCUUGAGGGAUGUAUUUUCUUGGCCAAAUUGCUUACCCACUAACAGUCUGGUGGUGUUCCCUCUUGUGCUGGGACUUGCUCUUGGUUGCACUCUGUGGUGAAAUACUAUUUGCUGCCAAACUGUUUUUAGCUGCUUUUUUUUUCUAAGACUUGCUUUAAGUUUUUGAAGAAAUCUGGUUGGGCAUUGUAAUGUUUGAGGAUAGAAUAGAAGGGGCAAAUGUUCUGUCUAUUUUGUUUUUGUGUGUUUUCUUGUUGUAAGUAGGCAUAUUCAGCAUAAUGGUUGUGUGUUUUCGUGAUUUUUAGUGCUAUUUUUAAAUUAUUGAGUUGUUUUUAGACUUGUAAGUGGUGGUUAGAAGCACGAACUGUGCAGUUGGCCUGAUGGAGGGCAAAGUAAGGAGCACAUAUUUAGAGUGGCCAAACACAAACUGAAGAGCUCCCAGGAGUGAAUCCUCCCCAUGUGGGCAUUACUGUACAUUGUCGUUUGCAAUUGCACCAUUGCUAGUGGUUUAUGUGUUCUCUCUGGACAGAUGUUUCUCUGACUUCUCACCACAUUUCAGUUUGGGCAUUUGGCAGCUUUUGCUCACAAGCAUUACAGUGCCUUGCUUUUAAUUGUUUAACAGGCCUCAUUUUGUUAUUGACAAUUGUUUUAGUCCAUACUUUUUUUUCUGUUCUUGGUGGUGUGUGUACACAUUUGUUCUUGCCACCUUUUCCUUUCAAAUGGAAGGACGCCUUGCCUAAGCCAUGAAUGUCAGGUGUGUAGGCUGUCUCUGUUUGACUGAAAUAUGGCAAUUUAUGACAGCUGUCAAGUAUUAUGUCCUUGGCCAUUAUGUGUAAGCAAUUGUCAAGUUAUUGGCAGAGUGGCCUCACCGUACUGCUACAAGGAGCUGCAAAAGAGUGGAGCUGCCGAGCGUGGAACUCUGGGCGGCCCUGUGCACACACCUGCCUGGACGCAAUACUGUGCCUGCUGCUGUGGGUUAGCAUUGUUGGCAUUGUGCGUCUUGUCUGCACCUGGUCCCAAGAGCGCCUCUCUCAAGGGACAUAUUCCCUGCGCUAUGCUACUGGAAUUUCACACUUGCUUAAUUCAGUAUGGCAAAAGCCUACUACAGUUUUAUCAGAUGGCAUUGAGCCCCUCCCAAUGGCCUCUAUCUCUCUCUUCUAGUUCAUUUCAUUUUGUUCUAUGCUGCAAUCUGAAUUGCUUGGAGCAAUCUGUCUUCAGUGUUUUUGGUGCACUGAGACCAGAGUGCUAUGCCGAGUUUUGUUGGAGAGAAAAAAACAUGUUAGAUUAGUGUGUAUAGGUUUAGUCUUGAAGAGCUUAGCAAAUAUUUGAAGGUUUGUUAGCACUUUAUUGGAGUAUUGUUUUCCUCUACACAUGCAAUGCUGUGGGACAUCAUUUUAGACAUCUGAAUUUAGUUGGAGCAAUGUGGCCAGACUUGUGGCACCCCCUCUUCUCACUUCAUUUCAUCAAUGGACAAAAGCCGCAUUGCAGUUGUUGAACCAACCGCACGGACGUGAAACACUCCAAUGGGCCAUUUUUAGAUGCCAUUCUACACUGCUGGCCACUGUGCUACACCCGUUUAAAAACUGCUUCCAUUUUGCUCAUGGUAGUGCUUCCAUUUGCUUCUCUGGCCACAGAAUCAAUUGCUUUAAGGUUUUAUUAUUAUUUUUAAUUGUUUGCGCUUCUUCCUCACCCUCCACACCAGUGAUCAGUGUGCAUUUCUGCGACUGUGUAUAUAUAUAUAACAAUGGCGUGGUGGCUCGCAGUUUUAGUGAGUGGAGGGCACCAUAGAGCAUCCUGCAAUGGGCUUCAGGAAGAUGGGGGUUUCUAGGGACACAGCUGAUAAGUGGAACCCAUUCAGGCCUCCUUUUUUUUUCGUAAUCGCACCUCAGUAAAAACAAGAAAAAAAUAAAUCAAGGGGUCGACUUGAUUGUGGUCAUUAGUGGCAUAAUUCCAGCUUAGAACCCCCCUUUUUUACCUUAUUUGUGGUGUUUCUUGCAAUUAUCUUCUCAUUAAUAAUGAUGUUGCGAGGUGAGAUCGGGUGACACAACAAAUUGCCACUAAAGUGGCUGCUACCAUUGGGGUUUCAUUAUCUAGUGCGCUACACAAGGUUGCAUGUCUUCCUGUGUGGGGUGAGCAUUUCCCUUUCCCUGAAUUCUCCCCCCUUUUUUUUCUUCAGCGUCUCCAGGGUGCCCUUGCCUCAGUACACGCAUCCAGUCAUAGGCAAAAUCAUUGUCCGUCCCUGGACUCGCUGGGCAUAGUGUGCAAUUUCUGAAAUGUUGAAAUUUUUUUAACUAGGACAAAUGUGCGCAUGUGAAUGUGUGUGUGCAAGGGAGGGCGGGGGAGGCGCUGAAUAGGAUGGCGCUGUGUGGUUAAUUUGCAGUGUGUCUCAACCCGUAUCUUCCUUCAUCUGCGUUUCUUUUCUGUACUGCAUUUUUCUCCACUCCGUAUCUUGUACAGAUUCAGGUGACUUUUAGAAGAAAAAAAAUGCAGAGGAAAAACGCAAAAAAGACAAAAACAGGUGGUGUUUCCGUACCCAAGUAGGCUCAACUGUUGGAUUUUUUUUUGUAUUCUAAGAAAGAAAGACAUUGUGUUUGUUGUGUAACUUUUGCGCACUUGUCUGUUUUUACUUGACGAUAAACCUGAACACAAAAGGUC